AUUAGCAUAUCUUCUUUCUCUUUCAGGCACAUAUUAAAUUUCCUAUUGACUACCCAUAUUCACCACCUACCUUCAGAUUCUUGACCAAAAUGUGGCACCCCAACAUCUAUGAGAAUGGAGAUGUAUGCAUUUCAAUCCUUCAUCCGCCUGUAGAUGACCCACAGAGUGGAGAGCUGCCCUCUGAAAGGUGGAAUCCUACUCAGAAUGUGAGGACUAUCCUGCUGAGUGUAAUCUCCCUGCUUAAUGAGCCCAACACCUUUUCUCCAGCCAAUGUGGAUGCUUCAGUCAUGUUCAGGAAAUGGAGGGACAGCAAAGGAAAGGACAAGGAGUACGCUGAGAUCAUUAGGAAACAGGUCUCAGCCACGAAAGCUGAAGCAGAAAAGGAUGGAGUGAAGGUCCCCACAACCCUGGCAGAAUACUGCAUCAAAACUAAAGUGCCUUCCAAUGACAACAGCUCAGAUUUGCUUUAUGACGACCUGUAUGACGACGACAUUGAUAACGAAGACAAGGAGGAAGAAGAUGCCGACUGUUAUGAUGAUGAUGAUUCUGGAAAUGAGGAAUCGUGACAUGUUCCUUCAGUUCCCUGUACUGCCCUGACGUCUCAGGCCAAAGGGAGGGAAGCAAGUGGGGAUCUACAGUGGCCACUCAGCAAAAACUUACUCAUGGGGUGGGAAGCAAACAGCCCCUGCUGACUCACUCCUCUUGCAGAUCUCAGUUUGCUCCUUUUUAUGGACCUUACUGGAGAGGAAGUUCCCUCCACAGAAUGUCUGAAUCCUUGCAUUCUUCCCUCCAUCACUGUAUUGAUUCUUUUUUAAAAACAGCCACCACCCCUCAAACUCCCCCUCACCCCAUCUCUGCAGAGUGUUCACAGCAAAACACCUUUGUCUGUUUCUAGAUUCUUGAAAAAUUAGUCUGUUUAAGACAUUGUGUUUAAAGCUGGGAGCCCACUGGGAGUCCACAAGUGCUGCAUAUAUUGGGUAGCAAAAGAAAAUGGGAAAAAAAAAGAAAAAAAAAAACAAAACCUAAAAAAAAUAAAAAAACCCCACAAAACAAAUUUAAAAAAAAAGCCAAUUUGCCAAGGUUUAGCUACUCCUUUACAUUAGUGCGUGUGCAUUUGUUCAGCCCUGUGGUGGUGAGUUUUGUUUCUUUCCCUUCCUAAGGCUGGGCUGAGGUGGGCAUCAGGGACUUACUCUCGCUAAGUCUGAUGAAAUGUGCUGCCUCUGUGAGACCAUCCCAACACGGAGGCUGCAGCUACUCUGAGGAGAUAUCAGAUUUUGUUUUUUGGAAUGGAUUGGGAUCUAAAGCCUGAAAUAAAUAUUCAUACUUUACAUAGAACUGA